AGUUAAUUAAAGUUUUGUUGUCAAAAUCGAAAAAAAUAACCUAAUUUUUGUAAAAAGGGGCGCGGUUUUAAUAAUUCAUAUUUGUUUUACUUAAUAGGUAUUAAGGCAUACAAAUGACGACUAAUAACGAACAAAAUGUAAAACCUGAACUGAAAUCUGAUCCAUUGAAAGACAAUUUGAAAGUGCAACGAUUGGAUAGUGAUACGGACACUAAUAAAUUAAAACGCGAUGAUGCAAAAACCGAGAUAUCUACAAAAGCUGCCCCAUCUGAAAUUUCUGCAGAACCAAUUUCCACAUCAACAUCACUAAUAGUACAUGGUCCAUCAAAUAGAUCUUCAUCCACGAGUUCAGAGUUAGAGUGGGAGGACAAAAUUACUGUAUUUAUUAAUAAAGAAGAUAAACAGAUGAUCCUGUAUGAAUAUGCAAAUUCCUUGGCAAUUCAAGCAUUUCUUAAAAUGUGCAACUUGGGUUAUGAUAUCGAACAACGUGAAAAUGCUGCCGAUAUGUCCCCUACGCGAACUAUCCCAUUCAUCAAAGUUGAAAAGUGUAUAGUUGGAGGGCUGGAAAAUAUCGUGCAUUUCAUAAAAAAUAAGAAUAUAAAUUUAUCAGAUAAAUUAUCACACGAUCAGAAAAUUGAUUUGAAUUCAUAUAUGGCUUUGGCUAACAAUUUAAAGUUAGUAGAAAUUUAUAUUUGUUGGAGAGAUAAGGCAACUUAUAAAGAAGUAACUAGAUUGAAAAAUGGAUCUGUGUAUCCGUGGCCAUUAAACUGGAUUCAUACUCUCAUGAGACGAAACGAAGCGAAUAAAUACCUAAAGAGCUUCGAGUGGAACGAUAAAAGUUUAUCCGAGGUUCUUUAUGAAUUCGAACGCACUUGUGAAGCUUUAAACCGGAGAUUAGACGGAAAAACCAAGUUUUUUGAAAUUGGCGAUACAGAGCUUGAUGCCUGCGUGUUUGGGCAUUUUUAUGCCAUUUUGUAUACUCCUUUACCAAAAAAUUAUCUAGCAAAUUAUGCAAAAAGAUUUCCGAAAUUGAUCAAAUUUGUAAAAAGAGUUAAAAAAGAAUACUUCUAAAAUUUAC